GAAGUGGACGACAACACCGACGAGAACAUGGAGGGGGCUCUGAUAGCCCGGGACAGGGUCGGGGUGCAGGACUUUGUGCUCCUGGACUCCCACACCAGCGAGGCUGCUUUCCUCAACAACCUGCGGAAGCGGUACCAGGAGAACCUCAUCUAUACAUACAUUGGUACCCUCCUUGUGUCUGUGAACCCUUACAAGGAGCUGGACAUCUACACCGUGACUCAGAUGCAGCUCUACCGAGGGGUGAACUUCUUUGAACUGCCACCACAUCUAUAUGCCAUAGCUGACAAUGCCUACCGGGUGAUGUGCAGCGAGUACAACAACCACUUCAUCCUCAUCUCUGGAGAGAGUGGGGCUGGGAAGACAGAGGCAUCCAAGAAGAUCCUGCAGUACUACGCAGUGACCUGUCCCACCACGGAGCAGCUGCAGAUCGUCCGGGACCGGCUGCUCCUUUCCAACCCUGUUCUUGAGGCUUUUGGGAAUGCAAAAACUCUGCGUAAUGACAACUCCAGUAGGUUUGGGAAAUACAUGGACAUCCAGUUUGAUUUUAAGGGAGCGCCAGUGGGAGGGCACAUCCUCAGCUACCUAAUUGAGAAAUCCAGAGUUGUCCACCAAAACCACGGGGAAAGGAAUUUCCAUAUUUUCUACCAGUUGUUGGAGGGUGGAGAGAAGGAUCUUCUGUCCUGGCUCGGGCUGGAGCGCAAUCCCCAGAAGUACACGUAUCUCAUCCAGGGUCGAUGUGCCAAAGUGUUUUCUAUUAAUGACAAGAAUGACUGGAAAAUAGUCCGCAAAGCUUUUUCUAUCAUUGACUUCACUGAGAAAGAUGUCGAGCACCUCUUUGGAAUUGUUGCCAGUGUCCUGCACCUCGGGAACAUUCAGUUUGAAGAGGACAGCAAUGGCCAUGCCAUCAUCCGGGAUGGCACCCAGAUCAAGUGGAUUUCAAAGCUCCUGGGUGCUCACCUGUCCAUCCUGCAGGAAGCUCUCACCCACCGCAAGAUCGAGGCCAGAUCCGAAGAGGUCCUGAGCCCGCUGAACGUGGAUCUGGCAUUCUAUGCUCGGGACGCCGUAGCCAAGGCGAUUUAUGGACGGACUUUCACGUGGCUUGUCAACAAAAUCAACAGCUCUCUGGCCAACAAGGAUUCAACUCAGAAAACAGUUAUUGGCCUGCUGGAUAUCUAUGGCUUUGAAGUGCUGGACACAAACAGCUUUGAGCAGUUCUGCAUUAAUUACUGCAAUGAGAAGCUCCAGCAGCUGCUGAUUGAGAUGACCCUGAAAGCAGAGCAGGAGGAAUACGAACUGGAAGGGAUAGAGUGGGAGCCAAUCCCAUAUUUUAACAACAAAAUCAUCUGUGACUUGGUUGAGCAGAAGCACAAAGGAAUAAUCUCCAUUCUGGAUGAGGAAUGUUUACGGCCUGGGGAAGCGACUGACCUGAGCUUCUUGGAAAAGCUGGAAGAGAAAGUAGGAGAUCAUGCCCACUUCGUGACUCGCAAACUCGCGGACCAGAAAACGCGGAAAUCCAUCGACUGGGUGGAUUUCCGGCUCCUCCACUACGCAGGAGAGGUCACUUACUGUGCUGUUGGAUUUCUGGAGAAGAAUAAUGAUCUGCUGUACAGAAACCUGAAGGAGGUUCUGUGCAACUCCAAGAAUGCCAUCAUUAGAGAUUGUUUCCUCCUGUCAGAGCUGGACAACAGGAGGAGACCAGAGACUAUAUUCAUUCGUUUCCCAAAGACUCUGUUUGCUACAGAAGAUGCCUUUGAGUACAGGAAACAACUGCUGAUUUCAAGACUACAGGCCAAAUACAAAGGAUUCCUUGGGAAAAGAGCAUACCAGAAGAAGAGGAAAGCAGCCAUCAAGCUGGAGGCGUGUUGGCGAGGAGCGCUGGCACGGAAGGAGGCCAAGAAGAGGACGUGGGCAGUUCAGACAAUCAGGAAGUUCAUAACUGGCUUCAUCAAUCGGAAGAAGCCCCUUUGCCCGGAGAACAGGGAGUUUGUGAGGCUUGCCCAGUACAACUACCUGGUGAAGCUCCGAGACCACCUUCCAAAAAAUGUCUUGGACAAGAGCUGGCUCCAACCUCCCUCCAUCCUGGCAGAGACAUCCGAGCUGCUCCAGAAGAUCUGCAUGAGGAACCUGGUGAGGAAAUACUGCCGGGGGGUCACUGCCGAGAGGAAAGCGCAGUUGCAGCAGAAGGUGGUGACCAGUGCUGUUUUCCGAGGGAAGAAGGAGGGAUAUGUCCAGAGCAUCAACCAGCCCUUCCUGGACACACGGCUGAAAGUGAAUGACAUAAACCCCAAAGUGCUGCAGCUCAUCCAAGGGGAGAACAUCAAGUAUGUGACCCCCGUGAUAAAAUAUGACAGGAACGGGUUCAAGGCACGGGAGCGGCUCCUGGUGCUGACCCAGAGCUCGGCCUACGUGGUGGAGGUGGCCAAGGUCAAGCAGAAGAUCGACUACUCCACACUGAAAGGGAUCUCCACCAGUAACCUGAGUGAUGGGAUCGUGGUCAUUCAUGUUCCAGAGGACAACAAACAGAAGGGCGAUGUGAUCCUGCAGUGCGAGCACGUCUUCGAGACGGUGACAAAGCUCUGUAUGUUGGCCAACAAGCAAAGCCUCGUUAAGGUUGUGCAGGGAAGCCUCCGGUUCCGCAUCGGCUCCGGGAAGGAGGGGACGAUGGUGUUCACUGUGGGGAAGGAGCCUCAGGUCUUCAAGGACAAGACUGGACAACUAACAGUGGUGUCAACCCAGGUAAAGUCUUGAUGAGAACCAGUUCCUGUUCCUGGCCCUGCCUUGGCUGGGAGCAGAAAGGAGCCUGCAGGAUGAGACCAGCCCUCACAUCUCCCCUGGAAUCUCUGAUGCCACAGGGCUGCUGUGAU